AUGCCCAUUCCCGUUAGUGGAAUUGUGAAGAAACGUCGGCCUAUGUACUUGCAGCGGCUGGAAGUUCAUGGAAAAGAUUGUGAAAGACUCUUGUCUUCUACAAAGCGAGAAUUCCCUCCCCUGGCCACCGGAAUCUUGAAAGUGAGAAUCCUACUUCAAACUCUACAUAACUACUUCUGUUUCAUCACUAAGCACAUGUUAUUUGAUGAACCUCAGCUGAGAAACCCAUCCCCAAAUUUCUGUUCGCCAGCCUUCCGGCAUCCGGAUCUUCAAACUGACGAACAUCGACGAGCUCUUGAUAUUAUUGCUGAGGUUCAAAAGUGCUUGCCUGAAAGCAUAUUAUCUCUCCCACAGCUCGUUGUGUGUGGCGACCAGUCUUCGGGGAAGAGCUCUAUCCUCGAGGCUCUCACUGGAAUCCCAUUCCCCCGGAAUGAUAAUCUCUGUACCCGGUUUGCCACAGAGAUCAGUUUCCGACGAAGCACCACCAACAAGCUGACUAUCAGAGUCAUUCCUGAUGAUUCUCGUCCCCAUAGUGAGAAGGAGACCAUCAAGGGCUUCUUUGAAUUCAUUGCGGAUUUUACUAAUCUGCCUCGUAUCAUGGAUUUGGCAAUGGCUACUAUGGGAAUUGCGACUAGCGUUGGAACAGAUCCAUCAGUACAACCUCGAGCGUUCGCAAGGGAUACAUUAAGCAUUGAGAUUGAGGGCCCAUCCCGCCCACAGCUUACUCUCGUUGAUAUUCCUGGGCUUAUCCACACAUCUACCAAAGGGAUCAGCGACGCAGACGUAGCCCUUGUUGCUGAAAUUACCGAUCGAUACAUAUCCCAACCGCGCACGAUCUGCCUUGCAGUGGUGUCUGCUUCCAAUGAUGCGGAAAACCAGACCAUCUUGACGAAAGUUCAAGAAGUAGAUCCUGAAGGAAACCGAACACUCGGUAUUAUCACGAAACCGGACAUUCCUCCUGCCGGUUCCGGAUCGCAGAGCGCAUUCAUAGAACUUGCUCGCAACAAGGAUGUAUUCUUCAAACUCGGUUGGCAUGUACUCAAGAACCGUAAGUUUGAAGAAAGCACUCACUCUCUCGCUGAGAGAAACUUAGCGGAGAUGAGAUUCUUCCGAGAAUCCAAUUUCAACUGCCUCCCAAAGGAACAUGUCGGAAUCGACACUCUGAGGACUCGCCUGAGCGUGCUUCUUUUCGAGCAUGUCAAGCAUGAAUUUCCAAGGUUCGGACGGGAUCUCCGGUUCGCCUUACGCGAUGCGCAAGACGAGCGAAAUCGUCUCGGCGCCGCUCGAUCUACGCCUGUGGAGUGUAGAGCCUAUCUAUCUAGAUUGAGCAUGGGUUAUUACGAGCUCUGCAAGGCGGCCGUGAAUGGGAACUAUGAGGGCAGCUUUUUCCAUUUUGGCUCUAAUGAGGAGUUCUCUUGGAACUCUAAGGGCUCAAUUGCAAGACUUAGGGCAAUGGUACAGGACCUCAACGCAGAGUUUACACGUGACCUCCAGCAAUGGGGGCAUAAGUUUGAUAUCAAGUCAUUAGAGGAUGACGAGGUCGAACCUGUUACCAGUGAUCCUGACCCUAACCCUAUCCCGCUAUCGAGAAAAAAUGCGCUCGAGUGGGCCCGCAAGGUUCUUGUUCGCACACGGGGAAAGGAGCUGGUCGGGAGCCUCAACCCACUCCUCGUUGCCGAACUGUUCUGGGAGCAAUCCAGUGGUUGGAAAAAGCUUGCAUCGGAUCAUAUUGGAGACGUUUUGCUCUUGUGUGAGAAAUUCCUUAGUCUCCUCUUAAAGGAGAAGGCACCCAAAGAAGUCCGGACUAGAUUGUGGUCCUCGCGGAUUUCGGAUGCUUUGAAGGACCGCAAACGAGCUGCCUUCCGUGAACUUAAAUUGAUUAUGGAAGACAAUAGAUCAGCUCCAAUCAACUAUAAUCGCAAUUACACGGUCGUAGUCUUGCGGCGCCGCCACGAGAGACAGAAGAAACUCCUUGCCCAGGCGGUAGAAGCAGGCAUAGAGCAUCGAGUGUGCUCGCAGUGCAAGAGUUCGAGUGAUUCUUCUGACACGAUCAAUAUUGAUGAAGUUGCUCGUAUCUCCGAGACUUUCAACUGUGAAGAAGCGCUGGACUGCUUACUCGCAAUUUACGAUGAGCUUCAAACAACUUUCGCCGCCAAUAUAACCACUCAGGUUAUUGAGCGCCAUGUUGUCCGAGGCCUUGAGGAUAUCUUUUCGCCCCUCGUCGUUAACAACAUGUCGGAUGUUGAAGUCAAGACUAUCGCGUCCGAGCCUCUCCCCACCAAGAACCUCAGAGACUUCCUCGAGGAUCGGAUCAAGAAGUUGAAGGAUGGACUGAACACAUUCAGAGCCAUGAUGGUGGAAGACUUCGAAGAGACGGACACAUUUUUGUGA